AUGUCAGAUUCAACGUCAUAUCAGCCUCGAGAUCACCAGAUCUCUCCGAUUACGGACCGAAUAUAUCUGAUUAACAGGGUAUGGGCAUCAUUCGGCUGUUGUGCAUGGGCAUCUGUAACACUUGCCGAAGCAUUCGGGUAUGGUAAGCUUCGGCGAUCACCUGGGGUUCAUCAUGGACCUUUUCCAACAAGGGUCAUCCGUGACCGAAAGGAGGAGGAGGAGGGGGGGUUUAAGGGUGGGCAUCAGGGUAUACAUAUUGGGGGGAGAGAUGUGCGUUCGGGUUUAGGCAUGGAGUCGAUCAUAUAUGCUGUCGGAUAUCACGAGAACUGGUGA